GCGGGUUUGAGGGCCCUGAAAAAAAACUAUUCAACACCUUUUCGCUCACUUGUGUCCUCGACGAAUCAGCCAUGUCUGCUCAACAGGAAGCUACGUUCACUCACACAAAGUUUGUCGAUCCCACGCCUUUGCCCGGCUCUGUUCCCAAGGUCGAUGAAGUGGGCGCCACUUCCGCCCCAUUGAAGAGCGCAUCCUUCUUCAUCGGUGCCUACUGCAAACCUUACAAUGACGAUUUUAUGCUCUGCAAAAACGAAAAUAACGAUCCUGAACAUUGUCUCAAGGAGGGUAGAAAAGCCACUCGUUGCGCCAUUGACCUUAUUCGCAAACUUCGAGAAAACUGUGGCAAGGAAUUUGACGCUCAUUGGCAAUGCUUAGAAAACAACAAUCAGGAAUUCUAUGCUUGUCGUAAGCCUGAAAAGACCUUCAAUACCUGCGUUUUCGAAAAAUUGGUACGUAUUAAUAUUCUGACGUGUUAAGAGAUAUUGAUCAGCUAAUGGAUUUGCAACACGUCAAUUAUAAAGGGUCUGGAGAAGAACAUUCCUGGCUCACCAGAAGGUCAACCUCAAAUCCACGAAAAGAAGAACCCCGUCAUCGUUAAGAAUCAGAAAUAAACCCGGUUGUGUUGCAUAGACUUACAUUUUUUUGAUGGUACAUAUAAAAAGUGAGAAUUUACAAUUUCGUCAACCACCAUUUUAGAAAAUGCCCGCGUAGCGUGAUUGAAAAAAAAAUCCCAUAAGGGCUGAAAAUCUAAAU